AAAGCUAAUUCAAGCUAAAAUAUAGGUGUGUUGACUGUGAUAAAGGCACAGAAAAAAAUGUAUUGUAUUGUCACACACCAGAUAGGUGCAGUGAAAUGUGUUUUACACCGUCAGCCAUAGUAGUAUGAGAUGUCUUGUUUGCUAAAUGAACAAAUGAAACAAAUGAACAAACUCUCCCAGGAAAGUCAUGGCACAACCCUGCUUCUUCCCUGGGAUCUCAGAUAGUUAUCACCUGCUGUGUGUGUGUGUUGUGUGUGUGCAUGCAUGUGUGUUUAGGGUCUGAGAUGAUUUGGAUCACUGGCGCUAAUUCCCAAAGGCUAUUUCAAGGCCUACAUAAAGAUGGGAGAUACACUUUUAGUUCUUGCUGAAAUGGGAGACGAUUGUUUGUUGAUUUCCAGACAAAAAAACAUGAUCUUUUCAAACUAAAUGAGACAUAUUCAUUACUUUGCCUUAGUUACCUUUGUCUGCCCUUGGUAACUACUGUCUUACUGGUAUAGUGUCAAUGAAGCAAAGUAGGAGAGAGACUUUUUCAGGAACAGCAGUGGGAGAGGUAAAAGGAUAUUUCUCUCUACCUGCUACACUGAUCACUGGUGUCUGAGUGUCUGUACAUGUGGUGUGUGAGGAUCAGACUGACAACUAGGGCCAGGACGAUACCAAUAUUGCGAUACAUAGUAUCGUGGCAAGGAAACAAAACACAAAGCGGAUUUAACUUCUUUAGCUAAACAGCCCUAAUGUUGGAAACAAACAUCAUUAUGUUGUCAUCCAGAGUCACAUUUAUUUCUUUUCCAAACAAUAGCGCCCAAUAUUUUACAUACAGCAGGUUUUUAAAGGACUAAAGAGUUUGGUCCUAAUAUUAGAGCAGUGUGCUAGCAGUGGCAACGGUUGGGGUCUUCCUGCUCCUCAUGAUUUGUAGGGUGAUGACUGUCCUGCCGUGACUGAGACAACAGAGUGAACAAGUUCCUCCUCAGGUGGGCCCAUGACCUCUGACACAGUGCAUAAAGGAAAAUAUUUUAAGAGGCUGACCCUGUUAGAGCCACUUUAGAAUUUCCCCAAAUAUUAUAUCAAUUUUGACAUCAGAAUUAGUUGCUUCUCUCUGGUAUCUGUGUACUCAAACAAACUGAGGGAAUUUUACACUUGCUAUUCUAGAUUGAGGACGUGGUAAGUGUGAACUUGACUGACUACUGAUUUGGAUUGAUAACAAAACACUUGGAAUGUUUUGUGUAAAAGUAGUAACUUGUCUGCCUGCUGUUCUCGCUUGUUUUGCUUCAUUCUGAGCCUUAAAGUUCAAGGAUCCUUCACCUGUGAAGAUAGAGCUCUGUUGGAUUAAUCAAAGCUAACAGGCCUGUGGCCAACAAGCAAUCAGACACAUUAGUGGAGUCUUAUCACAGAUACAACCAUCCAAGCAAGAGCUGUACUGUAUCAUAAUCAACUGUUUACCGUCAUCACUUAUGAUACCAUUACUAUUUCUGGCUAUGUCCAACCCACAUAAAAAAUACUAUAGUACUUACUAUAGAAUUCUGUAGAAUACUAUACUACACACUGUAGUAUACCAUCACGUUGACCUUCAAGCUGACUUGUCUAGUUAAAUAAAGGUUAAAUGUUUUUUUUUUUAAAUACCUCAAUCAUGUGUAGUACUUACUAUAGAAUGUUAUAGUCUACUGUAAAAUACUACAAAAACAAAGUAAAUACCACAGUAAUGUUAGCAAAAACACUACAGUUUGCAAAACACUACAGUAAUUACUAUAGUGUUUAAUUAGCAUAUACUGUACCCUGCCCUUUCCUGUCCCCAAAUCCCAAUUUGUGCCACCCAUUAGUCAGAAACCUACAUGGCAAGUAUAGACCAUAUAUUUGGUAUUUUAUUAAGCUCCCCAUUAGCUGUUGCGAAAGCAGCAGCUACUCUUCCUGGGGUCCACACGACAUGAAACAUGACAUAAUACAGAACGUUAAUAGGGAAGGACAGAACUACAUCAAUUUAAGAAAGGCCUACAUAUGAAUACAUACACACCAACUAUUUGUUUUGUUUAAAUAGGGGAGAGGCUUUGUGCCUUUAAGUUUUGCUUUAUCUGUUGUUUUUUUUAACCAGGUUUGCUGUUUAAUUGAGCAAUAUGAGAUGGAACUUAGUUCCACGCAAUAAUGGCUCUAUAUAAUACUGUACGCUUUCUUGAAUUUGUUCUGGAUUUGGGGACUGUGAAAAGACCCCUGGUGGCAUGUCUGGUGGGGAAAGUGUGUGUGUCAGAGCUGUGUGUAAGUUGACUAUGCAAACAAUUUGGAAUUUUCUUAUUUCUUAUAAAAAUAAGUGAUGCAGUCAGUCUCCGCUCAACUCUUAGCCAAGAGAGACUGGCAUGCAUAGUAUUUAUAUCAGCGCUCUGAUUACAAUGAAGAGCAAGACGUGCUGCUCUGUUCUGGGCCAGCUGCAGCUUAACUUGGCCUUUCCUUGCACCACUUGACCACACGACUGAACAAUAAUCAAGAUAAGACAAAACUAGAGCCUGCAGGACAUGUUUUUUGGAGUAUGGGCUGUAUAUUGUCUUCCCUACAAGUUAUUAAAAAAAGAGCUGAAGCUCUGAACUGUUGAUUCAGACUUCAGUCCUACCUACCUACAGAUUAUGGAAAAUUUGCUCUGAGUAUUUUGUCCAGUAGAUUAAUACUUUCUUUAAUACUACAAUACAGUCCCGUAGUAUACUAUAGUAUUUUUUUGUGAGUAGGCCUAAAUGUAUAGGUUUUACAUUUCAGAUGCACAAGUUCACAACCUUUAACCUCGGUCAGAAUGACUGGGAGUAAAGCUAUUAUCGAUAUCUGUUUUGCUUACAGUCACCCGCCCAGGGGUUCAGGGGAACGCAUCCCUAGACUGUGGUGUCAUGGCGUGACUGGUAGACAAUGGCAUGACAGUAUCACCUCAGGUUACAAAGAUGGAUUCUGAAUUCAGAAACAGUCUUUGAUAUCAUUUCGUGUACAUUUGUUUUAUUGUCUUUUUUAAAAUAACAUGUUCCUAAUAUGUCCUUCUCUCUUUCUCUUUGACAGUGAAAAGAAGAUGAGCAGAGCAGCAUGGCGAACAGACCUGCCAAUCAUCCUCCAGCUUACUGACCCUCACCAAAUGGACCCAUUUUUUGUUUCAUUUUGUGUUAGAAAGGAAGCUUAGGAGACAAACAAGAAGAAAGAGACAGAGGCCUGUACUGAGGCCAGUGUGGGGACCAUGUCUCAGUCUGGCAAGAUCUUGCACCUGUAUGUGGAGGUGAGGUCUGUCCCGGAGGAGGAGGAAGAAAGGAAGGAGUUGGGGGGUGGUGUGGAGGGGAUUCACCCACUAGUGCUCCAAGAGCCGGACAUCCUACCUCAGUCCCAGCGCACCUCCAGCCACUCCACCUGUACCUGCACCUCCACCCCCAGCCAAACCUCCAUGUCCCCAGGAGUGGUGCAUAAUGUUGGGGGCAGCAGUCCCAGCCUCACCCCCUCCAAGUCCUCCUCUAGACACUCUGUCAGUUUCCAGCUGGACCUACCGGACAACACCGGACAACACCAUAGGCAGAGUCUGCCUUACGAGGGGACUGGUCAACUGCUCUCCACUCUCCAGCCUGCACCCAACGGGCCGCAGCAUGGAACUCUGGUGCGCACCCGCUCCUCAGACAUUGAGCACUACCACGGGAGGGUGCCCCUAUCCCCUGCCUCCUCUGGGAUAAUAACUGCCCCCUCCCCUCCAACCAGUGGGUGCAGGUUCUACAAUAGCUCUGGUGUGGGGGAUGAGGGCAAGCGCUCUGUGGUCAGCUUUAGCUACAUAGAGAAAGCCAGCAUUAAGUCUGUGGACAGCCCCUGCAGUGCUUUGUGUCAAAGUAUACCUGAGAACCCCUUCAGUAGAGGAAUGGAGGAGAGGUAUCUGCCUGCCCACCUCAGGAAGAGGCUUAGUGACCCUGUGUGGUCGGACAGCUGGCAGCCCUCCGGUAGCUCCAGCCCCAAACUGUCCCCCAAGGGCUCCCCCUGUCUCCGCAGGGCCACUCUGGACACUGUAGCCAGAGAAGCCACCUACAGGGCCAUGGAGGAAUUUGGCUCCCCGGAACUGAGGCGCAGACUGGCAGCCUACAGCCCAGACCAGAGCCACAGCUUUCCCCCGCACUACCAGCAGCAGCUCCGCUGCAAGUCCUGGGUUGGGUCCCCAGUCCUGCCUCAGGGUACCAAAACACUGCCCGUCAAUCCACACCUCAUAGACCCAGACAGGAACCACGGUUUAAAUGGCCUCACCAGAAGCCCAGCUUCUGACCAGCUCUUCGUUCAAGCCAGGCAGUCCUACUAUAAAUACACCAUGUCCCCCUCCAGUGUUCGCCACCACUAUGGUGUCCAUAACCACAGGCCAGGCCUGGGGGACGAGAGCCCCAGCUUGUCCUCCAAGUUCCGCCCGCCUUUACCUACAGGGAGGCCCACUGCAAUCCAGCAUGACAUACCAGCAAGCAUGUCUACCAGCACCUCAGCCUCUUGCAACCAGAGGACUAGCAGCCAAACCAGCAGCCACACUCCUAGCGAUAGCCACUGCUUACCCAACAAGGUCAACUCCAAACCGUCAGAUCAGUCAAAUGGCAGCAAGCUGGGAGAGGGAUUGAACCAGACCAGUGGCAGCAGAAGUAUCUUCCAGGCCUCUAGCCCUGACAUGGCCCGUAAGCUGGCAGCGGAGGUUACCAAGCUUCCCAACAUCCUCAUGGACAGGAGGACUCCCUCCCCCACCCCGUUCCAGGCUGACUCGGCUAAGUCAGAGAGCCCCAGGCCUGGCUACCUCUCUAGGAAGUCUCAACCCUAUACCACCCUCCAGGGCACGGGUUCUCCAGCGCAGCCCCACCCUGAAGCUAACAGUAACACCCACCUCCAGGACCACAGGUGGACAGAAAAGGAGUCUCCUAGUGUUGGAUGCCACUCCAGAGAGUCCAGACCAGGCCAAGGCUCGGGGCAAUCCUCCCCCCUCCUACGGCAGAAAGGCAUCUCCUCCCCUACUAUGCCAGCUAUGCUGCACCCAGUGGUGGCGUCGUCCCACACUCCUAUCAUAGACCCUCGGCUGCAGAGAGCUGAGCUGGUGGCGAAAGACAGCCCCACCCUGCACCGCCAUCAACCCCCACAGUACAUGGGAGACCGGGGCUCCCCUGGCCUGUAUAGGAGACAGUACGACACCCUCUUUGACAGAGGUGGUCCAAGGGACAGCCCGGAGAGCAGCAGGCGCCUGGUUAUAGGCCUUGACAUGGAGCCACCAGACAGCUGGACCUCCAGGAUGCAGCAGUGGAGGGAGAACGUGUCCGUCACGGACCAAGAUGAGUCCAAUAGGGAGGAUCCGACUGCUGAUGGUGAUGGAUUGUGUGUGUUGACCAAGGAAGAGCUGAUGCAACAGGGGAGGGAUGAAGGAGCUGUGUUGGGGGAUAAACAAGGGGUAAACAGGGGGGAGACCCAGGACCAUAGCGGAUUGCUGGGGUCUUCCCAAAGCUCCAGUGGAGUGACAGGCAGUCUGGAGGAAAACAGUCAGCAAGAGAGGGACUGUCUCUCUCCAGAGACAUCCAGCCAGUCCAGCCAGAAGAGCAAUGACACUGCUUCUGGGAUGCAGUCGGACAGCCACUCCUCUGUGCUGGGCCCGUCCUUGCACUCCCAGAGGAUUGCCCAUGCCAAAUGGGAGUUCCUAUUCGGACAGCCCACAGAGGACUGCCACGAUUCUAAAGACUCUACAGCCCCUCCUAGGGGCACCUCCAGCGAGUCUCCCAAGCCUACCCCUCCCUCCUCCCUGCCCCUGAAGCCCACAAAUCACUGGAGGGGGCUGGAUGAUGAGGAACAGAGUUUAUCCUAUCACAAUGUCCAGCAGGUGGAGGUGGAGCUGGUGACUCCACCCUUAGUCGCUGUGGUUGGCAUCUCACCCAAGACGGGCAUCAUCCGGAAAACCAUCAAGUACUCUGAGACGGACUUAGAUGCGGUGCCUCUGAAAUGCUAUAGGGAAACAGAUCUGGAUGAGGUAAUGUUAGCUGAGGCUGAGGCCCAGGCAGAGAGAGAGAGAGAACAGGAGGAGGUGGAAGUGGACUCUGCCUUUGGGAGUAAUCGCAGCGUGCUGGGCACCUCGGCCUCCAGCGCCAGCACCAUAGUCCACACUGACGGAGAGGUGGAGGAGCUGGAGGAGGAGGUGGUGAGCUGGGCCAGUGUGAGGAUGCAGGGGGAUAAGAAGAGACAACAUGCCACCCAUGAGGAUAAUCAGACGUACAGUCUGCUAAUGAAGGGUCGUCCUUUGGACUACAUAUCGGAUUCCCAUUCAGCACUCAAGUCCCCCAUCUCAUUGACCAGCCCUCGCAGGAUCUCUGCGGAUGGCCUGGACUCCUUCAGCCACCACUUUGAGAGCAUUGUGGAGUCUCACCGGGCUAAGGGCACCUCCUACAGCAGCCUGGACAGCGUUGACCUUUUGACCUCCAGCGGCCCGCCCGUUUUCACCUUUGACCUUCCAACCCUCACCCCUGAGAUCCAGAGCCAGAUUUGUGAGAGUGCGCGUCACAUCACGGAGCUGAGUUUUGCCCCCCUGGCCCAUCCAGAGCCUCCCAGGGUGUCUGUCCCUGUCCGGUCUGAGAACACCCUGGCCCCCACAGGAGACGGGCUCAGCAGCUACUCUGAGGAUUCUACUUCAGGAGGGAAGUCCCGGUUGGAGAAAGACUCAAUGAAAACUAAGUCUAACUUAGACUUUCCUCUCAUUAGGGAGAAGCCAGGCCACCGGGCUCCAGACCCGUUCCCACAGCAGGACGUGGGCGAGCACUUGGUCCUGGGCAGCACAGAGUCCCUGGCCAACGGAAACAAGGCUGACCUGCAGGCUGCCAAGCGCCUGGCCAAACGCCUGUUCAACCUGGAUGGCUUCAGGAAGUCUGACGUGGCCAGGCACCUGAGCAAGAAUAAUGAGUUUAGUCGGAUGGUGGCAGAGGAAUAUCUCAGUUACUUCAACUUCUCAGGCCUUACUAUUGACCAGGCAAUACGAGCCUUCCUGAGGGAGUUUGCCCUCAUGGGAGAGACACAAGAGAGGGAGCGAGUGCUGGCCCACUUCUCUAGGAGAUAUCUACAAUGCAACCCCAAUGCAAUACCUUCUGAAGACAGUGUCCACACUCUGACCUGUGCCCUGAUGCUGCUCAAUACAGACCUGCAUGGCCACAAUAUUGGCAAAAAGAUGUCCAUUCUGCAGUUCAUCAGCAACUUGGAAGGACUAAAUGAUGGAAAAGAUUUUCCUAGAGAACUGCUCAAGGCCUUGUACAACUCCAUCAGAAACGAGAAGCUCCAGUGGACCAUCGAUGAGGAGGAGUUGCGCAAGUCCUUUUCAGAGUUGGCCGAUUUGCGCACUGACUCCGCCUCUCACACCAUGAAGCGAAUUGGCAGUGGUCUAGGCGUGGCCCAGAAUCCUGACGCCCUGAUCUAUAAGAAUGGCUUCCUGGUGCGGAAGGUCCAUGCAGACUCUGACGGCAAGAAAACCCCUCGAGGUAAGAGAGGAUGGAAGACGUUUUAUGUCAUGCUGAAGGGAUUGGUCCUUUACCUGCAGAAGGGAGAGUACCGUCCAGAGAAGCAGCUGUCUGAAGAGGAUCUGAAGAACGCUGUGUCCAUCCACCACUCUCUGGCCAUGAGGGCAGCAGACUACAGCAAGAGGCCCAACGUGUUCUACCUGCGCACUGCAGACUGGAGAGUGUUCCUCUUCCAAGCACCUAAUUCAGAGCAGAUGCAGUCGUGGAUCACCCGUAUCAACGUGGUCUCAGCCAUGUUCUCAGCGCCACCCUUCCCUGCUGCCAUCGGCUCCCAGAAGAAAUUCAGCCGCCCGCUGCUGCCGGGCUCCAACAGCAAACUGUCUCAGGAGGAACAAGUGAAAUCCCAUGAGACACGUUUCCGGGCCAUCUCCUCUGAGCUGAUCGAGCUAACUGCUGUGAUUCCAGACAAAAAGGCCAAAGUUCGUGAUCUGGAGGAGCACAAGCAACGUGAGGAGUACCUGGAGUUUGAGAAAACUCGCUAUGGGACGUACGCAAUGCUACUGAGGUCUAAGAUCCGGAGUGGGGAAGAGGACCUGUCUCUGUUCGAGUCGCGCCUCUUUGACGAUGGGGGUCUCCAGAGGGCCCACUCCAGCCCCACUCUGCGGGAGGAGCACAGCAGCAGCAGCCAGGCCAGCAGUACUAGGGGGGGUGGAAGCAGCAGCAGCCAGGCCAGCAGUGCCAAGGGGGGGGCCAGCAGCAGUAGUUCCAGCACCAGGGGGAGCAGCAAGACCAAGCGCUCCGAGCCCCAGAGACACAGCUACAGACAGGCUGUCAAACAGUGAGACGGACACGAGGCUGUUGGGGUGGACAGGGUGGUUAAAACGAUUGGACUAUCUGUGUUGAUCGAUACACAGGGACCACUGGUGUGCCCGGUCUCCAUGACUGGAAAAUGGUGUGGAGGAGAAAGAUAAUGGGGGGAUAGACCUGUUGCAUGCUUCUAUCUCGAGAAACCACAGACACUGGAUGCACCAGGGCUAAUUAUACAGUACAGUGGAUACUCGGGUCCCCCAUUUUACUAUACAAAUUACUAACUUCUGUGUGGUCCUUCAUUACUGGUACUAUCCACAUUCAUUUUAUUUCACUAUGCUUUUGGACCAAAAUCUUGUUGACACAUAAGAGACCGAGAUCGGAAUAUUACGUUAAAUCAGCCAUUCGAUCUGGGGUUUUUAAGAGGUGUGGGUUGUUUUCCCUCCACGAAAGUUCAGUAUCGAUCCAUUCCAGGAGUGACCGAGACAGAGCUGCAUCAGCUCAUCUAACUGUUCCCAUCGAGACUAAACGGACCCCGUGCCCAUGUCAGGACCCCUACCGACCAGAGUGCCAGGACCUCAACCCACCCACGAUGCAUUUGGAGGAAACUGGAAGAAACACUGUAGUCUUCAUGAGACAUCAUCAAUUGGAACGAAUAUAGAAGGUUACUGGACAUCAUUUUAUGAUGCUGCAUGCACAUACUAGUUUUGUUUUCAAAGUCUUUGCAAUGAUUUUAUUAUUCGAAGGACUUUUCUUGUGACAAACUGCACUGAUCCAGAACCAGGCCCGGUUUGAGUAACUGUGUAGCUCUGCUGGAUCUAAUUAUUUCUAAAGACCUUUUACACACAUCAGCUAUGGCACCGAGAGAUUUGUCAUACUAAUGGGUUGAUGAAGUAGAUUGAUCACACAGGCUGGCUAUCUGUCUGUUUAAUUAACUUUUGAAGAGGAGAACUGCAUGCAUAUCAGGAGUUGAUAUCAAAAGACAAUCGUUUUUUUUGUUUUUAUUCUUACGUUAUUCACGUGGUGUUUUGUAUUUGUACAACUGAAAAUGUAACAUGACAGAGCUUAGUUUACAGUACAUCUCAGCUGUGUGUCAAACAUUCGUUUAAAGUGUCUACAGGAAGAACUCGUCAGAUCAUUGAUGACAAAUUAAUUCAAAUGUUGGUAGAAUGUUGAUUUAAAUUCACUAUUAUGAAUUGUGAUGAGGCACUGUCUACCACACCCAAUAUAUUGUAUAAAAGAAUGUAACAUGUGUAAAAAUAUAUAGAAUGUUAUGGCGUGGCGUAGCCAUUUUCUUCUCAGGCUGGCAGUGUUGUCUGUAAACUGGUGCAGUAAUGCCACAAUAUAGCCACCAAAGGGUGCUGUUCAAAUGGGAAACGAUGGUCCUAGGAGGUAAGAUUGACUUGACUGUAUAAUACAGUAUUUAUCUGGGUGUCAUCAUGGACCCAGAGCUGCAUUUACGCAGGCAGCCCACUUCUGAUCUUUUCCCACCAAUUGAUCUUUUGACCAAUCACAUCAGAUCUUUUUCAGAGCUGAUCUGAUUGACCAAAAUUAUAAUAAAAUAGGUCUGCGUAAAUGCAGCCAGAGUGAAGUCUUACUGCUUUACUUUCCCAUGUAUUAAAAUGUGACCAGGGUGAAAUAGAUGAUUCCAUGGGGGGAGGUUCCCACCGCCAACAGUAUGAGAUUGUGUUGUUGAAUUAGACAGAAUAACCUGACAUGGUUCUGUGAUAACUACCCUUGCCUGAAGACGUUUGCGUCUUGAACUGCUACCUAGGCUUUAGCUCAGCGGGCUAACAGUCUUGUGGGUUCAAACCAGAAACAUUGGCUGUCAUUGUAAUUCUAUGGGGACCAUGACAGGGUGAGGCAUGAUGUGUUCAGUCAUGCAGAAUGCCACAAUCACUUUUUGGGUGUGUCUUGCUCCCACUGUGAAUACGUGAGGUUGUAUGGUGAGGGACAAUAAAUCAACAGUAGAUCUAAAAGCUAAAGUAGCGUCAAUGGGCUUCUAAUGUGAUCGAACACAGGGGUUAACUUAUCACACCCUUCUGCACUUUGGGUUCGGGCCUAGUGUUGAAGUCGAAUAUUUCUUUUUUUUGCUUACCAGUUAACUUGGUCUUGUUGAGUAUUUGUCACUGUCAAAAACGUAGACUGCUAUUCCUGUACAUGUUUUUACUGGACUCACUUCCCAUAGAGAUGCUGAAACACAACUUAUUUCUAGACAUUGUUCUUGAUUAACUCUGCAUAUUGUCAAUAACACAUUAAGAUUUUGCUCUGUCAAAUAUACUAAAUGGUUUAUCUUUUGAGGAAUAGAGGACAAAAAUAAACACAUUUUGAAAAGA